AUGAGUCAUAAAAGAGAUCAGGAGUCUGAUUCAGACUGGGAUAGUAUGUCAGAAGCUCCUCCAGUUCCCAAGGAGCGAAAAGAGAGAGCGCAUUCCAGUGAAAAUGUUCAGAGCAACAUUCCUCCUGGGGAUUUCAGAGAAGCUGUGAGUGAGUCCGGUCCCGAAAAAGCGGAAGAAAAGCCGCCAAAAUUUAAGUUCAGCUUUCGGAAGAAGUACGAGCCGCAAGGAAACGAUGGGAAAAUUCCCAGAGAGAAAAUUGCUAGGAGCUCCUCGCAUCCGGAAGAAAUCCCUGAAGAGGCGCCGUUGAAGCGUGAACUUCCUCCUCACAAACUACCGCCGUUGUUUCCCGUGACCUCGUCGAAACCUAUUGUGCACGAAUCGUCUUUAAAAAAUCAAUCAACGAGCGCACUUGAGUAUUCUAAGAACCCAGGUAAAGAGUCAAGUUCAAAUUCCGUCCGAUUUCAUACGAAAGUGGAGUCUGUGUUCGAACUCAUUCGUGUCUUUCUGACUAGUGUGGUUCAUGUCUUCUUGGGCAUUGGUAAAGUUGUGAUCGGUGGCAUUCUUUCGCCCCUGGUUUUCGGAGUGUUCAUUCUGGUUGGGGAAUACGUUUGGAUCCCGGCCUUGCGGGUUUUGAAGGAAAGUUUUUUUGGGCCAUUGGCCUUUUUCUUGGCUGAUGUUGCUGGGUUUGUCAGGGAUGCCUCUGAUCCUUUGUGGCAGGGGCUCGGGAAUCUUUUUCAGAGUAUUGCCCUCGUUGUGAGGGCAUUUCGGCUUGUGGAAGUUAAUCAAGUUAGUUCCGUGUCUUCUAGAAGGCUUCAUGAGGUUUGAAAUCCUCCAAUGAAAGCAAGACCGUUCGCAAUGUUUCACGUGGCGGUAGAUUUCAUCUGGCUCCUGAACGUUGUUUGUAAUUGUGCUGCAUUUAGAAAUUUUUUCUCGUGCGUGUGAGUUUGUGAACUGCAUACUUCGAUUUUCAUGUGUAUAUACGAAUCGAUGAUGCGAAACAACAUUUCUAGUCAAAUGGUGAUGUGCAUACCGUACACGAGUUGUACGGCGGGAAACGAAAAAUGUUUUAAAAAUGAUAUCCGGAAUCCGUCCAUGAAGCAAUAAAACGGUGGUGAAGGUUUCGAAUUGUCUUGGAA